GGCGCUGGGGAGAGCCGAGCCCGACCUGGAGCGGGACGAGCAGAGCCAAUCUCAGACCUGGAAAGUCUUGCGAAAGCGGCAGGACAAAGCCUGAACAUGCAGAGAGCGCAGAGCCUGCGCCUCGGUCUGCCCAAGCGGUGCCUCUGCCUGGCUUUCCUGCUCCUCCAUCUCCUGGGACAGGUCGCUGCGACUCAGCGCUGCCCUCCCUCGUGUCCGGCCCCCUGCCCCAAGAAGCCGCCGACCUGCGCCCCCGGGGUGAGAGCGGUCCUGGACGACUGCUCCUGCUGCCUGGUGUGCGCCCGCCAGCGCGGUGAGAGCUGCUCGGUGAUGCUGCCUUGCGAGGAGAGCCGCGGUCUCUUCUGCGACCGCCGAGCCGACCCCAGCGCCCAGACCGGCAUCUGCAUGGCAAUAGAAGGAGACAACUGUGUGUUCGACGGAGUCAUCUACCAAAGUGGAGAGACCUUCCAGCCCAGCUGCAAAUACCAGUGCGCCUGUCAAGAUGGACAGGUUGGCUGUGUGCCCCGCUGUGAGGAGGACCUGCUACUGCCCCAGCCCGACUGCCCAGCUCCGAGAAAAGUCAAAGUGCCCGGGGAGUGCUGUGAAAAGUGGAUCUGUGACUCAAAUGAGACGGGGACCUUAGGGGACCUCCAAACCCUUCCAGCCUACAGGACAGAAACCACUGUAGGAGUUGCCAUCUCCGACUCAGGUACCAACUGCAUUGAACAGACCACAGAGUGGAGUGCGUGUUCCAAGAGCUGUGGCAUGGGCUUUUCCACCCGGGUCACCAAUCGGAAUCCACACUGUGAGAUGGUGAAGCAGACGCGGCUCUGCCUGGUGCGACCCUGCGACCAAGAGCACACACAGCCAACAGAUAAGAAAGGAAAAAAGUGUCUCCGCACCACCAAGUCACUGAAAGCCAUUCACCUUCAAUUCGAGAACUGUACGAGCUUGCACACCUACAGGCCCAGGUUCUGCGGGGUCUGCAGUGAUGGCCGAUGCUGCACCCCCCACAGCACCAAAACCAUCCGGGUGCAGUUCCGGUGCUCCCCAGGAAAAACCAUCCAGAAACCAGUGAUGGUCAUUGGGACCUGCACCUGUCACAACAACUGUCCUCAUAACAACGCGUCUUUCCUCCAAGACUUAAAGCCAAACACCAGCAGAGGGGAAAUAUAACAUGUCCCUUGAGAAGCACACCUACAGAGGUAAACUGUAGCUUCCCACCAUCAAAUGAAUAUAAGAAAAAUUACGAGGAAUUAUUAUUAUUCACCUCUAAAUCCCAUGUAUUUUCUGUGGUCGUACAAAGUCGGUUAUACUGUCUUUAUUUUUAAUGAGAGAUAUGAUUAACUGUAAACUUGGAAUCAAGGUAAGCUCGAGAUAGUGCUUGGGAUGACUUACUUUUUUGUGGUGUUUAGUGCAAAUUAAAACUUCUGUAAAUUUCAGGAAUCAGUAUAUGUUUUACUGUGUAGACUGUAUCACAUUACACUCAUUUUAUUCUACAUUAGUACAACUGCAAGAAAAGGUCACUGUAAUGGAUAACACAGUAAAGUCCAAGGUCAUACUGACUAUGUCAUCUGACAAAUAUUUGGUCCUAGAUUGAGGUGUGACCUAAGAGUUCUCUGUUGAGCACCCUUUUUGAGCAGCUCAACUCUGAACUUCAAAUUCCAAAAUCGAAGGACACAUAGAGCUCUUCCACUUGAAAUCUAGAGGUGAUCAGUUUUCGGUGUACCUAGAAAAUAAUCUGUAUCUACAGUAAUGGGAACUCUUGUGAAUUCAGUGCCCUGGUGUCAUAAAUUGGCUCUGGUUCAGACAAAUUGACUCCUUUCCAAAAGAAAGAAGCUGAACGGAAAACUCUCCUCUAACACAGAGAUGACCAGCCUCUACCAGCCCUCAGACAUUUUUAUGUGUCUAGAAGCUACUGGGGCUCCAUUAAUAAUUUUUACUAAUUCAUAAGAAGCAGAACAUAUCUGCAGGGAUCCGCUCACCUUACUGAUGAAUAAACUGAGGUCCAAAACACGUGAUUACAAACUUUGAUGACUUUCACACGUGCUGGUAGUGGAAUUUUGGAAAUAAAGAACAAAAUCAAUAAGACUGAGGUGGCAAAAUACCACAAAUGCUAUGGGAGUUUAGAAUUCUUGUACAGGUGCCUGAAACUUAUUCCUGGGCCUUGAUAUGCAAACUCAUGAGCAAGAUAUAUGUGUCUGCAUAUGUGUAUGUAACUUGUCGGGCUAUAAGAUAGGCUGCAAACUUAAAUGCAUACAUUCUUUUAAUGUCACCAUAGGUGUUCAGCUUUUCUCCUUUAAAGUAUUUAUAUAAAUAUAAAUUAUACUUUUUUAAAUAUUCUUUUUACUUUCUCUAUUUGUCAGACAUUACUAAAUAAACAGGAUUUUAGCAA